AUGAGUUCAACAUGGCCACUGGAGAUUUUACAAAGUUUGAGGGAAAGAGAUGAUACUGAAAAGAAGGAUGUGAAAUACUUUAGGGCCUUUACACAAUUGGCUCAGCAAUUGGAAAACCUGAAGCAAAGCUUUGAUAGAUCCACAACUAUUGGUUCUCUUCCCCAUUCUUCCGCUAAUCAUCCGUCCUCUUCUUCUUCUUCUUCUUCUUCCUCCUCCUCUUCUUCGUCAUCUUCUGGAAAUGGAGCAAUAACAUCAAAUACACCGUCCCCGUCACUUGUCGUCCCUUCCUCGUCUGCAGUUAAAUCUAAGAAACAACAGGUUGAUGACAUUGAUCUUCGAUUGGUCAAAGCCAUGUCGCAGAAUCAGCAAUUAGCAAAUGAAAACUCGGAUUUGAUAGAUAACCUUAAUUCUGUUACUUUGAAAAAUGAACAGCUUGAACUGACUAUCAAUGACAGAGAUGGUAAGAUACGUCGGUUGGAAAAGGGGGUGCUAAAGUUGAAGCAAAAAAUUGAGAAUUUAGAGAUGGAAAUUAAAGAAAAGAAUAAAACCAUUGAAUUGGUUAAUGACGAAUUGUUGACGAGCCAAUUGCAGAAUAAUGUGCUACGUAACCAGCAAGGGAAAUAG